AAACGUACUGAACUAAUAUGAUUUUUAUAAUAUUCUAAAACUUUUUGUGUACCUAUACGUUAUGUAACAAAAUGCAGCUAUCAACAAACAGAACCGUGCCCGGCAAAAGCAUUUCUGUCUCUUUAAAUUCACCCUCUCGCGAUGUUUGUUGUAGCUGGGCUCUUUCCGAGGCUUCUGCCCAAUGUGUGAGUCAAUUCAGGAGUUCCGAGCCAAGGGAAAAUACAUGGAGUCUGUGUCAUUCAAUCUGCUAGAAUAACACAGAAACAAAGUUCAUUUAACUUGUUCAGAAAUAACGACAGGGCACUUUUUACGAAAGCAGCAACUUGGUCAAGUACUUCAAGGUUUUCUUUUUCUACCGCACGGGACAAAACAGCAUGGACGUUGUUUUAAAAGUAGUAAUUACAUUAUUUUCCCCCUGGAGUAUCCAAAGUUAAGCCAAUUUACGCAAUUACUUUUUAAAUUUUUGACACCAAACCACGUGUGGCACAAAUGAACACUGGAAAUGCAGGUCUAGUAUAACUUUCUCAAUGUAUAUGUUGGGACAACGUUUAAAUAAAUGCUUUACGCCUGUGUUAGUAUUUUUUUCUGUUGCUUUUACAGUACUGCUAGUCAUCGCUACUAGUCUAAACCAAAUUGCAAUUAUUGUUAUGUUUUAUUUUUAAAGAGUUUGACUUGACAGUUUUGUUUAUUUAUACUGCCUUUUUACUGGGAUAACCACACAACGUUGCUGCUGAUGUAAUUUGCAGAGUAACGCAACAUUAAGGUAGUGUACACUUAAUGACAUUCGGUACGUGGAUGGGAGAAAAUGGAAAAUGUUUUCAAGACUAUUCUUAUUUUCAUUCUUGUUAACAGCUUGAUCAUGGUGAGUUAUUACAAAACAUGGAUCGCAUUGGGGAACACUGAAGGAUUCAUAGAAUACAGAACCGAGAUCUUUAUUUCAACUCUGAGCUAAUGCGAGAUAAAAACAACAGCAAAAACAAACAAACAAACAAACAAACAAACAAAAAAACAGACCACGACAGGAUCUGAGAAGACUUUUUUUUUUUUUUUUUUUUUUUCGGGUGAUUUGCCUGUAGGAUAAUUCUAGUUAAACGGGCGCCUUGGAAUUCUGCAAGAUCAGCUCCUGUGGAAAUAAUGACAUCGUCUGUGGAUAUAUCGUUUAAACGGGCUUUGAAGAAACAGCCAUUUGAAAGGACAGAAGAGGAUUUAAACACUAUUUUUUCUCACCUUCAUGGCAUGGAUAUUUUAUCUCAUCUCCGAGAACAUCAGCUAAGAUCAAUGUGUACCACAGCUCGUUAUGAGAGGCAUGAAGCCCAUCGUGUCCUAUUCUACCCCCACAGCAUUUCUACAUGUUGGUAUAUCCUACUAUCGGGCUCAGUGUUCAUGAAGGAAUCCAUGUUUUUACCCAGAUGCUGUUUUGGUAAGCAGUCUGGGGGGAGAAGAGGCUGUGAAUGCAUCAUUUUAGAGCCGUCAGAAAUGAUUGUGGUGGAAAACACCAAUGAGAAUGAGGAGAAUGCCUCGCAGCGGGAAGAUCCACAUCGCCAGUCCCGACGCAGAUUCACAAAAGUCAACCUGAAGGGUGAGAGGCAGAUCAUCACAGACAACGUGGAGUCCUCCAGCUACCCCUGUCUUCCUGCAGACCUUACCAAGAUGCACCUCACAGACAACCCUCAUUCACACAUGACGCACGUCCCUCCCAGCCAAUCAGGGUGCAGCAUUGCCAGUGAUUCGGGGAGCAGCAGCUUGUCUGAUAUCUACCAGGCUACAGAGAGCGAGAUCGGGGAUGUGGAUCUGUCCGGGCUUCCAGAAGCAGCUGUCGAUUCUGAAGAGGAGGAGGAGGAAGACGAAGACAUCGACCGGGCUUCAGAUCCUCUUCUGGGAAGGGAUGUGGUUCGAGACUGUCUGGAGAAGGAACCAGCGGACAGGACUGAUGAUGAUAUUGAACACUUACUGGAGUUCAUGCACCAGCUCCCUGCUUUUGCAAACAUGACGUUGUCUGUCAGAAGGGAGCUGUGCUCUGUCAUGAUACUUGAAGUAGUAGAACAAUCAGGGGCCAUCAUUCUCGAAGACGGACAAGAACUGGAUUCCUGGUACGUUAUUCUGAAUGGCUCGGUGGAAAUCGCUCAUUAUGAGAGGAGUGAGAUUCUUUGCAUGGGAAACAGCUUUGGGAUUUCUCCCACUCUGGAUAAACAGUACAUGAGCGGAGUAGUCCGGACCAAAGGAGAUGACUGCCAGUUUGUGUGUAUAGCCCAGCAAGACUACUGGAGGAUUGUGAACCAUGUGGAGAAGAACACACACAAGGUGGAGGAGGAAGGGGAGAUUGUGAUGGUGAAGGAGCACAGGGAGCUGGACCGCAGCGGCACAAGGAAAGGGCACAUUGUCAUCAAGGGAACUCCAGAUCGGCUUAUAAUGCACUUGGUAGAAGAGCAUUCUGUGGUGGACCCCACCUACAUCGAAGAUUUCUUGCUCACCUACAGAACAUUCCUGUCAAGCCCCAUGGAGGCUGGAAGGAAAUUGUUAGAGUGGUUCAAGGUUGACAGCCUCAGGGACAAGGUCACACGGGUGGUGUUGUUGUGGGUGAAUAAUCACUUCAAUGAUUUUGAAGGGGAUCCUGCAAUGACGCAGUUUCUCGAAGAGUUUGAAAACAAUUUGGAAAUGGCAAAAAUGAAAGGUCACCUCCGACUGCUGAACAUUGCUUGUGCAGCUAAAGCCAAGUGGAGACAAAUAACCCUGCAGAAGCCAUCACGAGAGUCCCCUCUCUAUUUUAGCCUGCUGGGAGGAAGCGAGAAAGGGUUAGGGAUCUUUAUUGAAUCUGUGGAACCAGGGAGUAAAGCAGCAGAGGCUGGACUGAAACGGGGAGACCAGAUAAUGGAAAUAAAUGGCCAGAAUUUUGAAAACAUUGCGAAUGCUAAAGCUGUUGAAAUCCUGAGGAACAACACGCAUCUGUGUAUAACAGUGAAAACAAACAUAUUUGUGUUUAAAGAUCAGUUGAGCAGAAUCACGCACGAAAAGAACGGAAUUCCGCAUAUUCCCAAAAUCCAAGAGAAAAAAGCCAACCGCUACUCCAUCCCAGACCUGCCGCUGGAUGUGGAGCACAUGUUUCCUAAUGAAAAGGGAAACAAGAAGAUCAAAGCCAGCACCGUGUCGGGAGGAAGGAACAAAAUCCGAAAGAUCCUGGGCUUCAGCAUCCUGCCUCCAAAACCUUUCAGUGACGGUGGAGUAAUUCAGUCCCAAGAUGACAGUAUCGUAGGGACCAGGCAGUGCAGACACAGUGUUGCUAUCAUGCCCAUUCCUGGAACUCUGUCAUCCAGCAGCCCUGACCUCCUCCAGCCUGCUGUCAACAUGGUGGACUUCUCCAACCCUGCAGCCGUAGGCUUUUACUACAUUCCAGAUCAAGUGAUCCGCGUCUUCAAGGCAGACCAGCAGAGCUGCUACAUCAUAAUAAGCAAAGAUACCACAGCGAAGGACGUGGUGUCGCAUGCAAUCAAUGAGUUCGGCCUGACCGCAGCGGCCGAGACUUACUCCCUCUGUGAGGUUUCUAUCAGUCCAGAGGGAGUGAUAAAACAAAGGAGGCUUCCUGACCAACUUUCCAAACUAGCAGACAGAAUCCAGCUCAAUGGAAGAUACUAUCUCAAGAACAACAUGGAGACAGAGACUUUGUGCUCAGAUGAGGAUGCCCAGGAGCUGCUGAGAGAGAGCCAGAUCUCGCUGCUCCAGCUCAGCACUGUUGAGGUGGCCACACAGCUCUCCAUGAGGGAUUUCGAGCUGUUCCGCAACAUCGAGCCCACGGAGUAUGUGGACGACCUCUUCAAGCUGAACUCCAAGACCGGCAACGCUCACCUCAAACAGUUCGAGGAGGUGGUGAACCAAGAGACGUUCUGGGUGGCCACGGAAAUCCUGAAGGAGCCCAACCAGUUCAAGAGGAUGAAGAUCAUCAAGCACUUCAUCAAAAUCGCUCUGCACAGCAGAGAGUGCAAGAAUUUCAACUCCAUGUUUGCAAUCAUCAGCGGUCUGUAUCUUGUUCCAGUCGCUCGCCUGAGGGGUACAUGGGAGAAACUGCCAAGCAAAUAUGAGAAACUUUUCAGGGAUCUUCAAGAUAUUUUUGACCCUUCCAGAAACAUGGCCAAGUAUCGCAACGUGUUGAGCAGCCAGAGUGUGCAGCCGCCCAUCAUUCCUCUUUUCCCAGUUGUUAAGAAGGACCUCACCUUUCUUCAUGAAGGUAACGAUUCAAGUGUGGAAGGUUUGGUGAACUUUGAAAAACUGCGAAUGAUUGCCAUGGAGAUAAGACAUGUCACCCGAAUGACCUCCGUGAACAUGGAUCCAGCCUUGAUGUUCAGACAGAGGAAGAAGAGAUGGAAAAGUUUAGGAUCUUUAAGUCAGGGCAGCACAAACUCUAACAUGCUUGAUGUACAAGGAGGGGCCCACAAAAAGCGUGUGCGUCGCAGCUCCCUGCUCAAUGCCAAGAAGCUGUAUGAGGAUGCACAGAUGGCACGGAAAGUGAAGCAGUACCUUUCCAAUCUGAACGUGGAAACCGACGAGGAGAAAUUCCAGAUCAUGUCUCUCCAGUGUGAGCCUGCCUACAGCACCUUGUCCAAGAAUCUAAGUGAAAGAAGAUCAGGAAAAUCAGACAUCUCUCCAGUGUCCAUGAGGUCCUCAAACCCGUCGGGAAAAUCCCACCAGCAGCACAGAAUCAGCCAAGUUCUGCAGGUGCCUUCUGUCAACCUGCACCCGCUCCGGAGAAAGGGGACCUUGAAGGACAUCGCCUUAUCCAGUGCUGGUUCUCCCCAGUGUGUAAAGAAAACUGACGGCACAUCUGACGAUGUCUCCUGUAAAAGAGCCGCCGACGAUGCCAUAUCUACAGCCUCCUCCCUGCAUUCCAGCCCCCCUGUAUCUCCCCAGGGAUCACCACACAAAGGUUACGCUCUGAUGCCAACCACAAAGUCUGAUAACUUCUCUGACUCGAGCCACAGCGAGAUCUCCUCCCGCUCCAGCAUUGUCAGCAACUGCUCUGCUGAUUCCACUUGUGCCACAUCAGAAGACCGCAGCUUAACACAGCAUCUCAGCUUUCCAGAACCCACUGCAGCUGCAGACAGGAAAGACAACAUGCCAGCCGCAGCACCCCAAUGCAGCCACCACACUACCGGUUAUUCAGUGCCAAGGCCUGCUGUAACCAGGGGCUCAACCUUCACACCCUCUACAAGCCACAACGAGUUUGCACACGGCCACGUCUCCACAGACACAGCAGACAGUGGGAGGGGCAGCUGGACGUCGUGCUCAAGCAACUCCCACGACAACUUCCAGAGCAUCCAGAACCAGAGAGGCUGGGACCUGGGCUCUUUCCACCACACCCAGCUCGAUGGGCCUAUUGUCGAGGUGGAACCUACAGGGUCCUGGGCAGAGGAGGACCAUCAGAGAAGUAACAGGCAUUCCAAAGACAGCUUAGAGCUGAGCCAGUCGAGGCAAAGCUGGGCCUCCUCCAGCUCCCUCUCUGACACGUAUGAGGGGAACUACGGAACCAUUAAGAGGAGGGUUCUGGAUAGUUCUGGAGAAGCCCAGGGCGAAGCUUCAGAUUGUGAACCAAGCACAAAUGCAGUUUAUAAAACUGUCACUUCAAGCACAGAAAAGGGACUUAUAGUGUACUGUGUCACUUCCGCUCAGAAGGACGAUAGAUAUAGGGCACCACCACCCACUCCUCCAGGAUACCUGGGAAUCCCAUUAGUGGCUGUAAAGGAAGGAGCAUCCCGCCACCCGCGCUUAAAACCUCCAGACUAUAGUGUGGCAUUGCAGAGGUCAAAGUUGGUCCCGCCCCACUGUGCCAUUGCUAGGCAACCAGAAGCCAAGACGGUAGUUCAGUCCCCGACACAGAAGCGGCAAGAUUCUGACCCUAGACUAGCCCAUGUUAAUCAACAGAGAGAACGAGCUAGUGAGGAGGAUGAAGAGCAAGUGUCAGCUGUGUAACUAUAUAAUGACCAGGACCAGACUGUGAGAGAGUUUACAACAUUUUAUGGAGUCCGUAGCACAGGAGGAAAAGAAGAAUAUUGGUUUAGAAGCUGACUAAGACGCUUGCUGCUUUCUUCUGCUGUAGAAAACAUUAAACAUCAGUGGCAUCAGUGCUGUGUGCCGCCCAGCAGUGACCUGGCCUGCAGUAUGUGUUGCCGCAUAUGUAUUAAUUCAGACUAAACAAACAUGCAUCAACUUAUUUUUUAUUUUUUGUUGGAUUUAUAUUUUUUGUCCGAUUUGUCGUACCUCAGACAGUAUUGUAAAUGGGACUGGAUCAAAUCUUCAGGGACCACAAAAUCUAACAGCCUCUUAAUCAUGUAAAACCAUUCAGGAAUCAAUAGUGUGGAGUUUAGUUGUGAUAGUGGACUGGGGUGGGGUGGGGGUGGGGGGUAUUAAAAGGGUUUAAGCGUGCAAGACUUUGAUGAGACUGAUAGAAAUGCUUCAAGCCUUGUUUUAAGAUAAUGGACUGUACUACAAAGGGAAGCAGACCUGUGCAUUUACCAGCAUGCUCGUGCUUUGCAAGUACAGCCCUGGCCAGUAUCAUUUGAAGUCUAAAGAGUCGAUACAGAGGAAUUUGAUAGGGGCGCUGUUAUGCUACAGUAAAAAUAUAUAUAAAAAGACAAUACAAGAGUUAUUUCAGAAGAGUUUGACGUUAUCUGAACUUCUGUUAGGUCAGGGCAAGAUCUGUUUUGAUGCCUUAGCAUUUCAGCCCUUUAUAAGCAUUGUGUAAUUGAAUGUGGUUAGCAGUACUGCAUAUAAAACUGUUGCUAAAAGGCAUCCGCAGGAGGAGUGUCACAGUACAGUGUUGCCAUCUUUUCACUGCUGUUUACAAGCAAGCACAAAUCAAGUAUAUAAGUGAAAGCUGAAGUACAGCAUCACUUAAUGAAUUGUGGAUUUGCAUUCUUUACCAUUGCAAAAUGAACAACAGCAGAUUAAUCACAGUUAAGUGACAUCAGUCAGAAUAUUAACAUUCUAGCUGUACACGCUAGUAAAACAUACACCUGAAGCAUUACAAAGUGUACAGUUUGCAGAAUACUAACUAUUAGACAAACUGGGUGCUGUGUUCUUUUUGGUGUGAUCCUAGAACAAUAUUAAUCAUUUUGACAAACUGUUUGAUUACACUGCUCUUGUAUCAGCCCCUAACAACGUUGCCUGCUUUCUUCUGCCAAAAAGCAACAAUAAACAUUGGAUAGUUUUAUGUCUAUGGGAAAUAACUGGAAUAUAAGCAGAUUCUUUUCAGUUUACAUUCAUUUUGGUGCCCGAGUUUAUUAUUGUAAUUAUUUUUGCCAUACUUGA